AGUCAGAGGCGGCCAUGGAUGGAAAUGAAAUGAAGUAAAAGGACAUAAAUCCAAUCGAAACCACUAUGACAGCGACUUCCUCUUCUUCCACCUUUAAGCUUGACCCCUUCGCCUUCAUUCAACUUCCUCCACAUCUUUAACUCACAGUGAAUGGGGAAGCACUCCUGUUUCUACAAGCAGAAGCUGAGGAAGGGCUUGUGGUCUCCUGAAGAGGAUGAGAAGCUCGUGGAGCACAUCAACAAGUAUGGUCAUGGCAGCUGGAGCUCUGUACCCAAAUUAGCAGGUCUGCAAAGGUGUGGAAAGAGUUGCAGAUUGAGGUGGAUUAACUAUCUGAGGCCUGAUCUGAAGAGGGGCACAUUCUCUCAGCAAGAGGAGGACCUCAUCAUUCGACUCCAUGAGGCCAUGGGCAACAAGUGGUCUCAAAUUGCAGCCCAGUUGCCAGGGAGAACAGAUAAUGAGAUCAAGAACUACUGGAACUCAUGCAUCAAGAAGAAGCUGAUGCAGAGUGGAAUCAAUUCCAGAAAACACGCUGUUGAAGCGCAUCAGGUUGCAGAAACCAUGUGCAGUGACUCCUUGGCCCCAAGUUCGUCGAAUCUAUUACAGGAGAAUUCUGAGCCAAAUCCAUCAACACUGUCCGUGGAGCCACCUGUUGUUUCAUCAAUCUCGAACAUGAUUCUCCCGACCAGCUUCCAUGACUUGGGGGCUAGCAAUUCCUGCGGAAGUGAGUUUGAGUUGCAGAGCUCUGGUGUUCUUUUUGACGGUGGCAUCCUCCAAUGGCUGGAGUUGCUGCCCAACAAAGGUGUUCCGAUCCACAUCAAUGUCGAGCCAGAGGAAUUGAAAUGGUCAGAAUAUCUUAAUGGCACCACUUUGUCCAAAAACGACUGUGAGAGCCAAACCCAUGGCUUGCAUGGAUCAUCAAGCAAAGAAGAAAGCCAUGUAUUCUCAGCCAGCGGCUUUGGCUCUUGGCAUGAGAUACAACCUCCUCCUCCUCAGCUUUAAAUAUGCAGAUAUUGGAACCAAAAAGAAAGAAAGAAAGAAAAAAAAAAAAGAGUUGCCAUAACAGGUGUGCGUCGUAGAUUUUUGCAUGUAUAUAUAAAUCGUUUGAUAUAGAGAGAGAGGUAUCUGAAUUCCAUUGAAGCGAAUAAAGCUUGCUUCAGUUUGUUUAUGUGCUGUAAGUUUUUGUAACCUAAUAAAUCAUCAAAUCUCUGUUUCAAUUGAUAUUA